AUGGAGCAAACCAACACGUCAACGGGACUUCAUAGCCCAACGGCAUCUGCAGAAGCAGACCUAUCCAACGUAAUCGACAGACUCGGACAUGCGAAUGAGAUGCUUGCUCUGUAUAGAGCAAAAGAACAGCAACUACUGCAAGAGAUAUCAAUGCAAGAGGUACAGCACAAAGACGAACUUACUCAAGCCAAUGAGUAUAUUGAAGAGCUCAAGCGGGAUGUUAGGGCCUGCAAGGAUACCUGUCGACGGCUUGUACAGGAACAGACAGAAACUGAAUCGGACUCCUUUCAGACGUUGAUAAACAGAACCGACCAGAUCCUGAAGCAGAUUCGCGAACGCAUGCUUAGGGAUAAGUUCAUGUCAGCUACCGAGCUUAAGCAGUUGAUAACAUCUGUUGGACUGAGAAAGCCAGACUGGCUCAACAACAACACCAGUUGA